ACGAUGCCACACAGAUGUGCUGUUCCUGGCUGUGGUCAAACAAAACCUCUGAAUAAGCUGCCGAAAGAUCCAGACGUCAGGGAAAAAUGGAUGCAGUUUAUUUUUUGCGGACGACCCAGUCACGGCAGUGUUAACUUAAGCGUUUGUUCUGUACAUUUUAAGGAUGACUGUUUUGAGAACAAAUCUCAAUAUGAUGCUGGCUUUGCCAGAAAACUGUUGCUCAAAGAUAAGUCCGUGCCGACUAUUCUGGGAACAACGACGACGCAAACUGGUGUCAGUUCCAUCAUUCUUUCAUGUGACACUGAGAUGUUGCUGCUCAUAUUCCUCAUCUUUCAGCUGUUUGUGGAGGUUCAACCUCAAAAUAAGAGGCCAACAAUUAGAGUCAUCCAUGAAUCUCAACUUUCUGAAUUUAGGAUUUACUGUGAAAUACCACGAUCAGAUAUUGGCAGUUAUAAUUGUUACAUUUUCUCUGGAGAUCAGUAUAAAUACUUGAUAAAGACAGAGUCUGUGCAAAAUUCUGGAAAAACAAACUGUAUUUUUACAAUAACAGAAAAUUAUUUAUUCAAUAAUAUGAAGUCAGCAAAGAGUAAAUCAUUGAGCUGCAAAUAUUCUCUAAAAACAGAUCCACACAACCUUUCACAAUAUAGUGACAAAUACAACUUUACAUCUUUUUUACCCGUGCAAAAUCAGUCACCAAGUACAACAAAGAGAUCAACAUUAUAUUCAUCAUCAACUUUAUCUACUAUUGCUUCUACAAUAGAGUCAAAAAAAACUCCUCAUGCUUUACAUGAAGUCAGUAUUACAUUUAACACAACAACAGGUCAGAAAACUUCAACUCCUGGUAAAGGUUCUGGCCAUAGAACACCAAAAAUAAGAACAUUGCUUUUCAUUGCAUUGGCUGCCACCAGUGGUGGCAUUGCUCUGACUGGACUCGUGGGCAUCUGUAUAUGCUGCUUCACCUCAAAGAAACCAAGGAUUCGGAGGAGCAGCGUACCCAGUCAACAUCCUGCUGAAACUGAAGACAAUGAGGACCAUUCUGAAGAAAAUAAGGAUAACAUGUACCAUGUAUACUGCACUAUCCCUGAGAUCUCGGCAGACAGUCAUGCAUUUUACAGUCUAGUAGAGAUUCCAAACAAUCCUCUGCCAAUUUAAUAGGGUUUUAAUCAUGUUGUAAUUAAAUCUUUGUUACAGUGCUGCUAUGUUUUUACAGGGCAGUCUAUACAAAUGCAUAACUGAUGUCAGAUACUGAAAUGAGUCAGAUACAGGAAUUGGUUUGAAUGUGGAUUAUAUGGCUGAACAUGAGCUUUGUGGAAACAAGCAAUAAUACACCAUGAACCUUUACUACACUCUAAAGUCUACAUAUAGGCAAAACGUGUUACAAAAACAAGACACACUUUUCUAUGCCAGGCACAUGUAGUGGUUUGAUUCUGUGUGGUUUGAACAUUUAAGGCCACAUACUGUAUCUGCCCUGUUUCUCACUUCUCUAGUGGACAUUUCUCUUUUCCUUCAGUCUAUGUCUGAAUGCUCUGAUGAUUUUAACCAUGUGCUUUAUUCCAUAC